AUGAUUUUCAACCCUUUGGCUUUUGCCUCGGUGGUUCUUUUGGCUAAGCAAGCAUACGCUGCUUUCGGAAUUACUACUAGUUCCUCUGCCUAUGUUAUCGACGCUGGCUCGUCCAACCCUCUCAAGUUCACUGUGAGCCGGACAAGUUGUGACAUUACCUCGAUUAACUACUAUGGCUCCGAGCUGCAGUACCAGUCAACUGGAUCUCACAUUGGAUCAGGUCUUGGAUCUGCAACUGUUACCGCAGAGACGAUUGGUGAUUAUAUCAAGGUGACAUGUUCCACCGACACCUUGAUCCAUUACUACGUUGUUCACAGUGGAGAUUCGAUCAUCCACAUGGCAACAUACACCACAGCUGAGCCGGCCAUCGGAGAACUGCGGUACAUUGCCCGCCUGAAUGCGGAUCUGCUUCCAAAUGAAGAGCCAUUCGGCGUUGUAUCCAACAUUGCGGGUGGUUCUGUUGUUGAGGGAUCUGACGUGUACUUGGUUGACGGCCAGACCCGAAGCAAGUUCUACUCCAGCGAGCGUUUCAUCGAUGACAACAGACACUGUGUUUCCGGAAGCGCCCACCGCGUCUGCAUGAUCUUGAAUCAAUAUGAAACCUCCGCCGGCGGACCUUUCCAUCGCGAUAUCAACACCAACAACGUCGGCUCAUACACUGGUCUCUACUGGUACAUGAACUCCGGACACGUCCAAACCGAAACCUACCGCCAGGGUCUGCAUGGCCCCUACUCGAUGUAUUUCAGUCGCAGCGGAACCCCCAGCUCCACCCUUGACACUUCGUUCUUCGCCGACCUCAGUAUUAAGGGAUAUGUUGCCACUUCUGGUAGAGGUUAUGUCAAGGGUACUGCUUCUGGUGCUUCGUCGUCUUUCGAGUGGGUUAUUCACUGGUACAACGAUGCCGCCCAAUACUGGACAAAAGCUUCAUCCUCGGGAAGCUUCACCUCCCCAGCUAUGAAGCCCGGCACUUACACCAUGGUCUACUACCAGGGUGAAUACGCCGUCUCUACUUCAUCGGUUACAGUUACUGCUGGAUCCACUACUUCAAAGAGUAUUUCUGGCUCUGUCACGACCGGAACGACUAUCUUCAAGAUUGGAGAUUGGGAUGGAACACCAACCGGCUUCCUCAACGCCGCCAACCAACUCCGCAUGCAUCCCUCCGACAAACGCAUGUCAUCCUGGACACCGGGUACUUACACAGUCGGAAGCUCCUCAGUCUCUUCUUUCCCAAUGGCUUUGUUCAAAUCUGUCAACUCGCCCUUGACUAUUAAGUUUACAGCUACAUCUUCGCAGACUGGGGCUACGACAUUGAGAAUUGGAACUACGCUCUCUUUCGCCGGUGGUCGGCCUCAAGCAACGAUCAACAGCUACACAGGCUCUAUCCCCUCCGCUCCCACUAAUCUUAACUCACGUGGUGUCACUCGUGGUGCUUAUCGUGGUCUUGGUGAGGUUUAUGAUGUUUCGAUUCCAUCCGGGACUAUUGUUGCUGGCACCAAUACUAUUACUAUCAAUGUGGUUUCUGGAAGUUCGGGAGAUACUUAUCUCAGCCCUAACUUCAUUUUCGACUGUGUUGAGCUGUUCCAGUAA